AUUCCCCAUUUGCUUCUCUUCUUUUCCAUCUCCAAUAUCUUCACUCUCCAAUACUAGCUGCUGCUACUUCCACCUGAACCUAUGGCGUCCACAAGUUCUUUCAAAACGACAUCGCCACUCAGAAUUUCAAGCCAAAGUAGCUGUCGUUCACCUUCCCAAACUCAAACACAAUUGGGUUUUAACAUGUCAAAUUCCUUUCCCAUUCUUAAACUCUCAUCAUCAUCAACACCAAAAAGUAGAUCAAGCGACUUCACUACAAAAUCUUUUUUCUUCCAAAAGAAGAAAACCUCAUCACCCGACUCUUCUAGACCCACAAAAGUUCAAGAGUUACACGUGUACGAGAUCAACGAGCGAGACAGGGGAAGCCCGGUCCUUCAUAAACUGAGUCAGAAACCGGCCAACUCGCUCGGCGACCUGGUACCGUUCACCAACAAGAUUUACUCCGGCGACUUGGGGAAGCGUCUAGGUAUAACCUCCGGUAUCUGCAUCCUCAUCCAACACGUGCCCGACAAACGCGGAGACAGGUACGAGGCCAUCUACAGCUUCUACUUCGGCGACUACGGGCAUCUGUCCGUACAGGGACCCUACUUGUCGUACGAGGACUCUUACUUGGCCGUCACCGGCGGCUCCGGGGUGUUCGAGGGGGCGUACGGACAGGUCAAGCUCCGGCAGCUGGUGUAUCCCUUCAAGAUUUUCUACACGUUUUACCUCAAGGGCAUUCCUGAUUUGCCGACGGAGCUCAUCGGGAAGUCCCCAGUGGCGCCGUCGCCUGAAGUGGAGCCUUCUCCGGCUGCCAAGGCGGGGGAGUCUCAUGCCAUUAUUCCUAACUUCACCAACUGAUAGAUGAAGAAUAACUACAAGGAGUUUAAGCGAUUAGUUAAUUUCUUUUUACAUAAUAAUGUUGCCUGAUCAUGAUUUUAUUAUAAUUAAGAGUUUAUGUUUGAUUGACUUAUCAAGUAUAUAUUAAGGUAUGCUCUGUUAUGCUAUAUUGCAUAAUUUUUCACAGUCAACUUUUUUAUUAAGAAAGGAUAAAAUAAAAUAAAAAGUCAAAGAAGACAUGCAUGUGGUCCUAUAUUUUAUUUUUCA